AUGGCCACGCUUCAGCUUGCUUCGUGGGCGACCAAUCUUCAGUACGCCAACUUGACCUCAGAUGUUCUCCUCGCAGCCAAUAAGUCCUUCUACAACUGGGCUGGAUGCGCAAUCGGCGGCUUUGCUUCCCAACCAGCACCUCAGAUUGCUUUGAACAGUACACUCGGUCCUUUUUCUGGUCCCGCAACAUCAUCCAUACUCGGUGCGAACGGUUCGAUAAGUCAUAGCUUCGCCGAUGCCCAAAUAGCGGCUUUUGUCAACGGCAUCGCCAGCCACGUCGACGACUACGACGACACACAUCUAGAAACCAUCAUCCACCCUGCGGGACCUGUGGCCUCAGCGCUUCUAGCUAUUGCGGAGGCAUAUGGUCCAGUGACAGGACAAGACUUCAUGACUGCUUUUGUCGCAGGCGUAGAGACAGAGUGUAAACUCGGCCUCAGUGUAUGGCCGCAACACUACGAUGUAGGAUGGCACAUCACAUCCACGACAGGCUCCAUAGGCGCAGCCGUCGCAGUGUCCAAGCUCCUUUCACUCGACAAGAAUCACACCGCGCAAGCCAUAGGCAUUGCAUCAACACAAGUAAUUGGCAUGCAAGCCUUUUUCGGUUCAGACACCAAAUCCUUCCAUAUCGGGCGCGCAGCUCAAAGCGGCAUGUUAGCUGCACUGCUGGCAAAGAACGGGUAUACCAGCGCCUCCGACGCGCUUGAGGCAAAAUACGGCUGGCUACACGUCGUUAGCACCCGAGAAAAUGCGACUGCGUAUUUUGACCAGCUAGGUAGAGAGUGGGAGAUCAAAAAGAAUACAUUCAAGCCCUACCCGUGCGGCAUUGUAAUGCAUCCUACAAUAGACGGCGCGAUACAACUCGCCAAUGAAAUAAGCGGAAGAAGCAGCACGAUUGAAAACGUCAAAAGCGUCGAGCUGCGCGUCAACCCCGAGGUGCUCGUUCUGACAGGCAAAAGCUCCCCUCAAACUGGCCUUGAGGGCAAAUUUAGCAUCUACCACGCCGCAGCUAUCGGCCUUUUGUACGGUGAAGCGACGCCCUCACAAUUCACAGAUGAGGUGGUGAAAAACUCGACAGUUGUAACCCUGCGUAGGAAGGUCAACGUUACGAUCGACGAUGGCGUGCCCACGGAUGCAGCGUACGUGAUGCUCCAAUUCGACGAUGGUACGAAGCUGGAAAAACAUGUUGAGCAUGUGAAGGGGAGCAUGGAGAAUCCGUUGACGGAUGAGGAGCUGAAGAAGAAGUUCAUGGAGCAGGUCACUCUUGCUAUCGGGCCAGACAGAGCGCAGAGAGCAUAUGAUACCUUUACCCAGGCGGAGCAAUUGGAGGAUAUAGGGAAGAUUAGGGGAAUGUAUUGA